AUGCAACCAUGGUGGCCUGCUCAAGGCCAAGGGCAGCCUCAUUUUUCACAAGGACCACUAGGUUUUGUAUCUUCUGGACCAUUCCAGGCACCUAAUCAAUUUCAACCUCCGCCAAGGCGAUCUUUGGAGGACACUCUUCAGUCCUUCAUGCAAGCUCAAUCGAAUUACAACGAGAACAAUACACAAAUGAUGGGGGAGUUGACAAACCAAAUGGGGAAGAUUACCACCUCAAUAGGGCUUCUCCAACAAGAAUGGGGAAAGUUUCCUACUCAGCCACAAGGCCAACUUCUCAUUGGUAGUUCUUCUGUACCGCCGCCCGAGCAAGCUCAAGCAAUCAUCACUCUUAGGAGUGGCAAGGCGAUUGACAAUCUUAUUGUCAACCCGUCGGCUACACCUACUCUAGUGCCAUCUCCGACAUUAACAAGUUCUACAACGCUUGGGGAAUCUCCUAAGCCGACUCCGGAGGAAGACGGGGAAUCUCCCGUGCAAGGUUCAAAGGAAGCUGAGGCCACUCCAAGCCCACAAGUCUCCCCCAUUCCGGCACCCUAUCCUUCUCGACUGAAAAUGCCGGCUCACCCAUCCAAGGAUGCCGAUAUACUUGACGUGUUUAAAAAGGUCAAUGUUAACAUCCCUUUGAUGGAUGCCAUCAAGCAAAUUCCUUCUUAUGCCAAGUUCUUGAAGGAUUUAUGCACCCAGAAGCGUAAGCUUAAUGUGCAUAAAAAGGUGCUUCUUACCGAGCAAGUUAGCCAAAUUAUCCAAACAAACCUUGCUCCUAAAUACAAAGACCCUGGAUGUCCUACAAUUGCGAUUACGAUUGGACGUAAGCGAGUGGAGCAAGCUCUUUUGGAUUUGGGGGCAAGUGUGAAUUUGUUAUCAUACUCGAUGUAUCAAGAGCUCAGUUUGGGAGAGAUGAAGCCUACGCGAGUUACUCUUCAAUUGGCAGAUAGGAGCGUCCAAAUUCCUCGUGGCAUGGUGGAAGAUGUAUUGGUCCAAGUUGAUCAAUUUGUAUACCCAGUGGAUUUUGUUGUCUUGGAUACUUGUCCAUCGUCUUCAUCACCAUUGUCUACUCCCAUUAUCCUUGGUCGGCCAUUUCUAGCAACCUUGGAUGCGGUUAUCAAUUGCCGGAAUGGACUCUUGAACAUGUCCUUCGGUAACAUGAAGAUGGAGGUCAAUAUGUUCAACGUUGGGGUUCAAUUGGGUGACGAUGACGAAUGUCAAAAUGUCAAUCUUGUGGAUACAUUGGUGCAAGAGCAUGUGGAUGAAUUCCUGUAUAAAGAUUCUAUGGAGCUAGCUCUUACCUCCGAAGAGGCCGCUUUUCUUGAAUCCGACGAGAUGGAGUCCCUCUUUUCCUUGCUUAAUGGAGAAGAUGGCGAUGAGGGAAUUUGA